CAGUACUUCCGGUUGCGUUCCAGCUUGAAGGCGUCUCACGGCGCUGUCCUGCGGGUCUCUGAGACCGACACUGGAAAUAAUAAUAAUAAUAGACCGGAAUUACUGCGGCCUGACAGCUUCCUGCUCCCCCCCAGUCAGCUCUAUCCAGCUCCUGGCUAACUCUGAGCGAGCUGCGGCCUCCACUACCUGAAGUUACCAUAUAUGUUGAGGACUGAUCAUAACAGAGUAUGCAAUAUACAGUCACUGGGAAAUGGCAGACGAAGGACUUGAAGGGUCUUGUGUUUGGACUACCAAAUCAUGUGAUCAGCUACUGCUUAUCCAGACAGCACCUGACUGUGGGUACCACACAGAGCAUGCAGCUCAGAACGAUGCUCUGGAGCAGAAUGGUAAUGUGCAUAUUAGCUGCCUGGAUGUUGAUUUGUCAUCCCAUGUAAAAGAGCUGGCUUUAGAUGCACCUGGACAUGAUUUAUUUAAGAAACCUUCAGAAGUGGAAUACAAUGAUCCAGGAGAUGUAUGUUUAUUGUCCCAGGAUUUACUUACAGACACUAUUACCUCAGAGCCUCCUAACUAUUCUCCCAGGAAGGGAAAUAGGUCCCAAAGCAGAAACAUUGCCUCCAGUACAGAGAGAACUCUUCAAAUCGGAAGCUGCCACCAGCCCAGGCAGGAAAAUCUCCUGUGUCCUAUUUGUCACCAUGAAUAUAAGUCUCCUAGUGAACUCAAGGAACAUUUUAAAAGCCAUACAUCUCCCCAUACAGACUUUAAUUGCUGGGUGAUCAAUUGUCCCUUUACUACACAUAACCGCAAGAACUUCCAGGCUCAUCUGAAGCAAGAACACCAAUUAACACCUUUUACCUGCUCCCAGCGCACCUGCAAACGUCUAUUCCCAAGCCAUGAUGAAAUGUUACUGCAUUCCCGCAACCAUUUCCCCUUCCACUGUAAACGCUGUGACUUUGUCAGCUCUAACGUAAAAAUCUUCACCCAGCACCAUAAAACGCACCCCAGGGGCGAGGAAACACAGUCUGGCAUAGAAACACUGGAGUCAAUGCUGAAUUCUUCAGAUCCAGCUGAAAACCUGGCUCAGAACAUGAUACAGACAGAUACAGAAGCCAGUCAGGGUUCAGUAGCGGUGGAGAGGCCUAGAAAACUGAGAAAGUCUGCAGUUCUAAGAGGACAGGUUGCAGGAAGCCACAGUGAUGGGGAAAGUGAAUCUGCUCGAACUGUCAAGAAAAAAGCUACAAAAUCCAAAACUGCACUCACUGCCAAGACCAAGGAAUUUAAAGGGCAUGUAGAGAAAGGAAAAGAGCACUUGUUUAAGACCCACAUGUGUCCCGAGUGUAAACGCUGCUUUAAGAAGAGGACCCACCUAGCAGAGCACCUUCAUCUUCACUUUCCCGACCCUAAUCUUCAGUGCCCCAACUGCCGCAAAUUUUUCACCAGCCGCAGCAAGCUGAAGAUCCACAUGAUGAGGGAGUCUGGAGAGAAGACUCACCGCUGCCCGCUGUGUGAUUACUCCUCUGUGGAAAGUAAUGCUCUUAACCGUCACAUGGCCAGCAUCCACGAAGGGGUGUCCAACUUCUAUUCAGACACCUACUGUUGCCCAGUGUGCAAGGAGACCUUUAAACUGAGCCAGUCUCUUAAAGACCAUAUGAAAGUACAUGCAUCACAGCAGAAGAUGCUUUCAUGCUUCCAAGAGGGUUGUAACCAAGCCCCUUCAGACCGUAAAGAGUUCUUACGUCACCUUAAGGAAGCUCAUGGCAUCCGAGGUGUGGAGUGCCAAUACCACGCUUGCUCACUGCUCUUUAAGUCACAAGAAGAGAUGGAGCAGCACCGGAAGAUUCACUAUGCUUUCCAUUGCCAGGAGUGUGACUUUGCCUGCUCAAACAAACACGCUUUCCGUAAUCACAAGAAGAAAGGGCAUCCGGGCAAGGAAGAGUUGUCCUGCCACUUCUGUCCUUAUAAGAGUUUUAACCCUGUGGAGUAUGCAGACCACAUAGGGAAGAUGCACGCUAAUGAGAAAAUCCACCGAUGUGGAGAUUGUGAAUUUGCCACUGCACACAAAAGAGUUCUCAUCCGCCAUUUGUUACUGCACACUGGAGAGAAACCUCACAAGUGCAGCCUGUGUGAUUUCACCUGCAGAGAUAUCAGCUACCUCUCCAAGCACAUGCUCACUCACUCCAGCGAAAAGAACUACAUGUGCAGCGAGUGCGGCUACAUCACCAAGUGGAAACACUAUCUCACCGUGCACAUGCGCAAGCACAGCGGGGACCUCAGGUAUCAGUGUAACCAGUGUUCCUAUCGCUGUCAUCGUGCGGAUCAGCUGAAUAGCCACAAACUACGUCACCAGGGGAAGAGUCUCAUCUGUGAGGUCUGUGGAUUUGGCUGCAAGCGUAAAUACGAACUCCAAAAACACAUGCAGACAAAGCACUCCCAAUCCUGCCAGACACCCAUGUACCACUGCCAGCAUUGUACCUACCAGACCAAAUACAAGCAAGCACUGCUAAAUCACAACAACUGCAAACACACCAAACAAAGGGAGUUCCGCUGUGCCCUAUGCACGUAUCGUACCUUCAGCAACACUAGCCUUUUCUUCCACAAACGCAAAUCACACGGCUAUAUCCCUGGGGAUAAGGACUGGCAGGAAAAAUAUGCCACCAAGCAGCAAGAGAUCAACCAGUCUGACACGUUGUUUCCGUACAAACCAGAGGAAAAUUCCCAUAACAAACAAUCUCUCUCCAGUGUCCAGAAACUUUACUCGCAAUCAUUGACUGCUCAAAGGCAAAGUGACUUGAUGGAACAGGAAACUGAAUGUUUACAGGUUGGUGAUCUAAGUGAGACAAGUGGAGAUGGCCAAGUUUCAGUGACCACUGAAUCCCUAUUGGCAACUAUGACAUUGGAACCUGUUGAAGCCUGCAACAUAAAGAUGGAGAGUUUUCCUGCACAACUUGAACUGUCUACAUCCACUGAUCUUUUGCCCAAUGAGUCUUCGGUUGAGACAUUGGGUGCUUGUGAAAACUCUCUUCCUACAAAGGAUGCAAUGUUAUGUUUCUCUGAAAACUUGGCAGUGGAAGACAAUGAUAACUGUGGACAGGAGUUUGAGGAAGAGCCAAACCCACAGUCUAUAGAUCAAGCCAAGCUAGGGCACUGUCCAACUGCCCAGUACAACCAACAAACAAUGCUGUGUACUCUUAGUGACAAAUAUGAAGAGCUACAUGUCCAUGCUGGUACUACUUUGGAUCUCCAGACUGGAGAAAUACCAGUAGAGGUCCAAGAGUCUUGGGUAGAAGCUAUAAAAGGUGGAGUAGAAUUAACCAUUGUAUGCGAGUCCAGUGGGCUUCUGCCUAAUGAUGCCACGGAAACUGAAGGUUCUGCCACAUCUCUAGAAGAAAAUAGUAGACCGGAUUCUGUUCUUAAAGCUUUAAGGAAGCAGGACAGAGAGCAAGCGGAGGCACUUGUGUUGGAGGGCAGAGUUCAAAUGCUGGUUGUCCAGUCCAGUGCUCAGGUUUACAAAUGUGAGAAGUGUUCCUAUGUCACUAAGAAGGAAGAAAGUAUGUACCAGCAUGCCAAAACUGCCUGCCAGGUGCACAGAGACUCACUAGUAUGCAAAGAAUGCGGUGCUUGCUUCAAACAGCAGAGGGGGCUCAACACACACAUCAAGAAGAAGUGCCCAGUUAUACUCAAGAAGAAAAAAACUGUUCUAAAGACUUCUUCUACAUCUGUAGGGACUGAUCAACACGUGUCCAGUAGCAGUUUGCCCCAAGAGAAUAGUCAUGGAGAUGGUAUAAUAAAUAUGGUUUCGACUUUGGACACUGUUCAGGAAUCUCAAGGGAUGGACAUUUCAGAACACAGUUUAGAAGACGUGGAGACAAUAUCUUCUUGUCAAAAUUUGGUUCAAGAGGAAUUCAAAGAAAACAUUCCUGAAAAAUGUGUUUUGUUAGAUAAAGGUGAAAUAGGAGUUUUAUUUUCACCACAUCUCACAGGAGAAAGCCACGAUAAUGUAUCUGCUCCCUCUGACUUUCAGGAGAAUGGAAAAUACAGAUAUGAGCAGGGAAAGUUCCAUUGUCUGGUUUGUUCUUUUUCCUGCUCUAGAGAAUGUACCAUUAGUUGCCAUGUGAAGGAAAACUGCAAAGGCUUAAAAAGGAUCCUUUGUGUCCAGUGCCCUAAGGUGCUACUGUCUGAGGCAGCCUUGAGAAAGCAUCAAAAGGAGAAACAUCUCAAAUUGGUUGAUCAGGAUAAAGACCAGCUGUCAGAGUGCUCUGCAGAUGAUGGAAGCCAAAAUCUGGAGGAUGUUGAGGAGAAUAUGGAAGUUUUGGGUAAUGGAAAAUACAAAUCAAAUAAUGACACUGAGAGUGGCUGUCGACUUUCUUGUCCAACCUGUUCCUUCAAGUGCUCCCAAGACCGAGCAAUGAGGACACACAAGAAAAGGGGCUGUUUGAAACCAGGGGAGCUUCACUGUCCCUUGUGCUCCUUUCGAUGCAUGUCUGUGGCCGCCUUAAAACGUCACAGAGCAUUACACCAGAAGUACACUCGUAACAGAAUUCAGCUGCAGUGCAAGCAAUGUGAUUUUAUCUGUAAACAGCCACGAUGCAUGAAACAACAUGUUCGGAUCCGCCAUGAAGGUAUCAAACCUCAUUGUUGUCCAUACUGCGAUUUCAGUACCACCAGACGUUACAGGCUGGAUGCUCAUGUGUCCAUGCAUACUGGGGUUGGCCGUAUUUCCUGCAGUUCUUGUAGUCGUACUUUUGGGACUAACUCUAAGCUGAGACUCCAUCAACGCCGUGUUCAUGAGAAGAAACCCACCCACUUCUGUAAUCUCUGUGACUAUAGUGGCUACAGCCAGAAUGAUAUUGCACGCCACAUGGGAAGUUGCCACAGUGGUGAACUUGCCUUUCCUUGCUCAGUUUGCCCGGCAAGCUUCAGUUCCGAGGCGGCACUCAAGCAGCACAGCUUGCGAAAGCACCAAGAGAAAGAUAUCCAUGAAUGUCCACAGUGUUCCUUUACCUGUCACAGCAUUUCCACUCUUAGAUGCCACCUCCAAAAACAUCAUCUGCAGUUAGAGUGCAGCAUCUGCAAGCAGUCAUUCUCUCGACGUCUAGAUCUGGAAGAGCAUCGCAAAUCCCACUUUGCCCACCACUGCCAGCAAUGCCAAUAUGCAGCUAAAGAUAGCAAGCAGCUGGUGCACCAUUACUCCAUGGAGCACGAGAAUGUAACAAAUCCUGGCUGCGAGGGAGAAGAGAGUUUUCUCCAUUGUCCAUUCUGCUCAUUUUCUUGUCGUCACCAACUGGUUUAUGACCACCACGUCAAAGGUCAUGGGGGCACUAGACUGUACAAAUGCACAGAGUGUGAUUAUACUACCAGGAACAAACAGAAGAUCACUUGGCAUAGUCGCAUUCACACCGGCGAAAAACCAUACAAAUGCCAUCUCUGCACCUACGCUUGUGCAGACCCUUCACGUCUCAAAUACCACAUGCGGAUCCACAUGGAUGAGAAGAAAUAUUUGUGCCCAGAAUGCGGAUACAAGUGCAAAUGGGUCAAUCAGCUGAAAUAUCACAUGAGUAAGCACACAGGUUUAAAGCCAUACCAGUGUGAAGAAUGUGACUACUGCACAAACCGUGCAGAUGCUCUUCGUGUACACAGAGAAACACGUCAUCGGGACAUCCGUUCUUUUAUCUGCGAGCAGUGUGGCAAAGCAUUUAAGACUCGUUUUCUGCUGAAAACCCACAUGAAGAAGCACAGUGAGGACAAACCAUAUGUUUGCAAAGUGUGCCAAAGCAGCUUUCGUUGGCCAGCGGGCUUACGCCAUCACUACCUCACCCACACCAACCAGCAACCCUUCUUUUGCCAACACUGCUCUUAUAGGGCCAAGCAAAAGUUCCAGGUCGUUAAACACAUACAAAGGCAUCAUCCGGAUUGUCCAGACAUCUCCAAAGGAGUGGGAAAGGACCUCAUCUUAUUAAACUCCCCCCCUCAGGAUCCUGUAGACACUAGCAUCCACCAGUCAACCCAGACAAUAUAAAAAUGAACUAACUUAGCAUGACACCUGAUGAAUGGUUGGUUGGUCUAAACAAGCAUGCCCUGUCAUCUUUGUAAAAUCUUAAGGACAUCAACAAAGACUAUUUUUUAAAUAUGUUAAUUUAUGUUUUAAUAUUUUGAGAAAAAGAUAAAAUUAUUCUGAAUUUUAAA